CACUUCUGCAUUAGUUGCACCGAGUGACAGGGAUUAGUGAGGUUAGGAACAUGCGGAAUAGUCGGUCUAACCAGUAUACACAUAUAUAAGUUAUUAGUAAUUAUUUAUAAUAAUAAUAAUUUCAUAAUGUUGCACUCAACAAGGAGCUUGGUGAUAGCAAUACGGAAAUUAAAAGAUUGCCGUAUUUUACACACAAUUGGUCAACAAUUAUCAGAAGUGGCAGAAUAUGAAUCUCCUAUCACAGAUGAAUAUAAAAAAGGGCCUAUGGAAGGUAGACCACUUUAUUUAGAUGCUCAAGCCACCACACCUAUGGAUCCAAGGGUAUUGGAUAAGAUGAUGUUAUAUUUUACUUCCUUUUAUGGAAAUCCACAUUCUAGAACUCAUAUGUAUGGAUGGGAAACAGAAGCUGCAGUUGAACAUGCUCGUAAGCAAGUGGCAGAUCUAAUAGGUGCAGAUAAAAAAGAAAUUAUUUUUACAUCUGGUGCAACAGAAUGUAAUAACAUUGCUGUGAAAGGUGUAGCAAGAUUUUAUAAAUCAAGAAAAAAUCAUAUUGUGACAACGCAAACAGAGCACAAAUGUGUAUUAGAUUCAUGUAGAGCUUUGGAAGCAGAAGGAUUUGAGGUGACAUAUUUACCAGUUAAAUCAAAUGGAUUAAUCGAUAUUGAUCAAUUAGAAGCUACUAUUACACCAGCUACAUCACUCGUAUCUAUAAUGACUGUUAAUAAUGAAAUUGGUGUUAAACAGCCCAUUGAACAGAUUGGUGCUAUUUGCAGAAAGAAAAAAGUUUUCUUUCAUACGGAUGCAGCUCAAGCUGUUGGAAAGAUACCGCUUGAUGUUAAUGCAAUGAACAUUGAUCUCAUGUCUAUUAGUGGUCAUAAAAUAUAUGGACCAAAAGGUAUUGGAGCACUCUAUGUAAGACGAAGGCCACGUGUUCGUGUCGAAGCUAUACAAAGUGGAGGUGGACAAGAACGAGGUAUGAGGAGUGGAACUGUUCCAGCUCCUUUAGCUGUUGGACUUGGCUUAGCUUGUGACUUGGCAAAAUCAGAAAUGGAGUACGAUCAUAAAUAUAUAACGAAUCUUUCGAAUAUCUUGAUUGACAAAAUUAUGUCUAAUUUACCGCACGUCGUACGCAAUGGGGAUUCAGUAUUUUGGUAUCCUGGAUGCGUUAAUUUGUCAUUUGCAUGUGUAGAAGGAGAAUCAUUACUAAUGGCAUUAAAAGAAAUAGCCUUAAGUAGUGGUUCCGCAUGCACAAGUGCUAGUUUAGAACCUAGUUAUGUAUUAAGAGCAAUUGGAGCAUCAGAAGAUCUGGCACAUUCCAGCAUCAGAUUUGGUAUUGGGCGAUUUACUACGCUUGAGGAAAUCGAAUAUACUGCGGAACAUACGAUUAAAGAAGUUAAAAGACUUCGCGAUAUGAGUCCCCUGUGGGAGAUGGUGGAAGAUGGAAUCGAUUUAAAUACUAUCAAAUGGACUCAGCAUUAGAUAUUUUUAUCAAUGUGUGACUUAGAUGGCUCGUAUAUGGAUAAGCAAAAUAAAAUGUACAAAAAUGCACAGUUAGUAAGUUGUAGAGUUAAAGCUUGGUUAUUUAAAAUUAAUAUCAUCAUAUAAUAAAAUUUAAAUUGGUAGAAA